AUGGCCAGAAUCUCCUCUUUGAACAUCAACACCCGCAGCACCCAUCCACCUGCGCCCAAGCUAAAGAUCAAACUCAAGUCCAGCAUGUCUAACACUCCAAUCCUCGUCGUAUGUUGGUUCAGGACCGUCUGGUCUCGUCAUUGCGCUCUCCUGGCGCAAGAAUGGCAUUCCUGUUCGUAUAAUCGAGAAGGACGACUUGGAGAGCGUGGCGCGGGAGUUUCGCCUCGUUCUCUGGAGUUGCACGAAAUCCUCGGCACCUUCCCCGACGUCAUAUCCGCCGGGAAGCCGCUGUUGCUCACCAAGGAGUACGAUCCCGCUGAUGGCACCAAGGUGGUGAAAACCUUCUUAAUGGUUUCUACGCUCGAACCAACCCCUCAAAUUCCCUACAUUAACCCCAUCAUGCUUGGACAAAACCACCAUGAACGCAUCCUGCGUGAGCACCUCGAGAAAUUCGGCACGAAAGUCGAGUACGGCUCCGAGUUGCGCUCGUUCAAGCAGUUCGAUGACCACGUCCUAGCCGAGAUCGUACGUCAGCAGGAUGGCAAGGAAAUCGUCGAGCAGGUGAAGGCUCCGUGGUUGAUCGGCAUGGAUGGCGCUCACAGCGUUGUUCGUAAGACUUUGGGAUUGGAGUUUUUGGGCGAGACGCGGGAAGGCUUUAAUAUUGUUAUUGGGGACAUCAGGAUCAAGAGCGGGCGACGAGAGUUCUGGGAGCGAUGGGGAAACCCCAGAGAGCAAUAUGAGGACGUCGUCAGCUUCCUCCUUGCGGGGGUGGCCAUCGACCCUCAGGCCGUCUUGGCGAGUCGUGAGCGGUCGUCGAAAAAAUCUACGAAAUCAAUGGAAGGCGAGAUAUUGUUUGUCUUCGGGGACCUCAUCUGGAGUUCGAGGUACAGACCUAAUAUCCGUAUGGUUAAGCAACUUCGCGUUGGACGCGUCUUCGUAGGUGGGGAUGCUGCCCACUGUCAUAGCCCUGUCGGUGGUCAAGGCCUUAAUUCGAGUAUCCAAGAUUCUUUCAAUUUAGGUUGGAAGCUCGCUCUCGUGCAGAAGGGAUUGUCACCUUCCUCCCUCCUCAACACCUACGCCGAAGAGCGUUUGCCCGUCAUCGCCGAAAUGCUCGACAAGACCGAGCUUUUCAACCAAGCUUUCAAGACCGGGGGAGGAAGCGAGGUCAAACGUGGAGGCGACAUGACCCAGCUCGGUGUGAACUACCGCUGGAGCUCUAUCGUCUUCGAAGAAAAUCCUGAGGUGCCUAUUGAAGCGCCUGUUGAGGAUGAAGUACAUGCCUACAGCAAGAAGAGCGAAACCGCCGCUCGUGCGGCGGACCGAGCACCUGGGGCGCCUGGUCUCGUCGACCUGUCUGACAAUAGUGUAACGAGUCUCUUCAAGGUUUUCUCUCCAUCGCGCCACACCGUCCUUAUAUUCUCCAGUGCCAACUCUGAAGUGCCCCGAAGUAUCUGCGACAUCACCAAACACCAACCCCAAAAUACGGUGCACCCCAUCCUUAUUCUUCCCAAAGGCGCCGCCACUGCCAUCACUGCUGCCACUGUACGUCAAGGCGGGAGCUUCGGGCAAGUCCUUAUCGAUGCCGAGGGUCAUGCAUUUGCAGGGUACCACAUUCAAUUCGAGGCCGCGUCGGAUUCAGAAGGGGUGACAGUCGUGGUGGUGGUUCGACCUGACGGAGUCAUCGGUGCACGGGUCCGGGGAGCUUCCGGGGUCGAACAGUAUUUUAAGCGGGUCUUCGCUUGA